AUGCCUUAUAACAACAACGUGAGCAGCGCUACUGCCACGUCUGCUGCUUCGCAGAGCGCAGGCACCGGUGAUAUUGCUACCGACGCCACCAUUGGGAAGCAGGUGGCAGAAUGCAAGAACAGAGCCCACGCCGAGAUCCUCCAGGACCUCAUGGACUUGUAUCGGGAGAGCAGCAGGAAGCACUUUCAAACCAAGGACGUGUUCCGUGCAUGGUGCGAAUACCGGUACAGCCUUGACAAGCAUGAUAUGCUUCAUCUCUUCAAUUCCCUCAAAGAAACCCAUUUGGAGCUGAAAGCGAUCUGCAACGAGGCCAGAGAGGCCAACCCGGAUCUCAAGAUGUUCAAGUCGGUAUGGAACCGCAAAAAAAGGGAAUUUUUCGAUGUAGAGGUCAACUCCUACGAGGACCACAGCGGCGAAUGGGAGUCGACUGAUGACGUGAUCUCCGACGAUGAGGCCUCCGCUAAAGAAGAGGAUCCUGCCGACAAAGAAGAGUCCAUUGACGAAGAGGCCGACUAA